AUGGUGGUGGAGCGUCCAGCGGCGGCCGGCGGGGCCCAGACAUGCGCUUUCCGCCUCGCUCGCUCGCUAGCUCGCCCCUCGCCGCUCACACGCCCGGCUCGCCCCGCCGACGCCGCCCGAGCCUGCGCCAGCCCGGCCGCGGCCCCUCCCCGAAGCGCGCGCCCCCCGCUCCCCUCCGCGCCCCGCGCCCGCCGCACCCCGGGGGGCCUCCUAGAGCGCGCGCCCCCCACGCCCAGCGCCCGCCACUCGCCCGCGCACCCCGUGGGGCCUCCCCGGGCGCUCCAGGGUCCCCGAGCUCGGGAGCCAGGCUGGAGACGGCGUUUCUUCUUCUCCUCGCCCCUCUCUCCUACCUCGGUUAGCAGAGGGAGCGAUGCUAGGAACCGGCACCCCCAGCGCCCUUCUCCUGCCUUUCCAGGUACCUCUGCUUCCUGGCCCGCGGGCCGGGUCCGCCAGCCGGGAUCCGGGCGCCGGGUCAGCGCCUCCCCAGGCCCCCGGGCCCCUGCCACAUCCCUGCCGCUCGCGGGAGGACGGGCCGCCUCCCCCCACCCGCCGUCCCCGCGUCGCUUCAGCCCAGCCCUCUCCUGCCACUGGGCUGCGCGCGGGGGACUCCGGUCCUCGCUGCAGCAAAGAUUUCUCACCAGCAAACAGCCCGGGAAUCUGGAGAGCCUGACGCGGGGAUGGAUGAGGAACAGGAGGGACAGGGACGGUGUCAAGGGCUGAUGAAGGAGAGCCAGGAGGACAG